AUGUCUUUGCUACCAAACCUUAGAAUCAUCAUUGGUUCAUCUUCUACACUUUAUUUUAUACUUUUGAUACUACCGAACUAUGCGAUUGGAUUAACCUUGGAAUAUGUUCCAGAUUUGGUCACUACAACUAGAAAAAAUUAUGAGAUAACUAGUCCAGAAGGACUGAUGCAGGAGAAAAAAGAAAAGCAACAGGAUGCAGAAGUUAGCCAAUCGACUAAUAUCACAAAUUUAUUUGCAAAAGUGGGUUAUGAAAGCAAUAUCAAGUUUGAUGAUGAUUUGAAAAGGAAUGUUGGAAUGUUAAUACGAAUAACACCAAGAAUGAUUAAUUAUUGGGCAGCGGAACUGAAACAGAUGUUUCAAAAGAAGCUAGAAAACAGAGAGUUGCCGGAAUUUUCACGUACUUUGAUGAAAUUAAACGUAUCAAUCCUUAAGCCACGAAUUCAUAAUAUAACACUUCCAGGAUUCAGUUACAAGGUGCAGUGCAAUAAUACCUUGGAGGUAAUAUUACAUGGAGGAUCAGCGCAACUGUCAAGUUCUUAUCGAGCAGUAUAUCGAACCAUUCGUGAAGGAUAUUUGGAAGCAAAUAUGAGCAACUUCGUAAUUAAUUUAAGACUUAAAAUUGCUACAACAUUUGCUGGAAAGUUAUUGCUGGAGGACAUAGUUUGUGGUGCAGAAGUAAGAUCAAUUGACAUUAAACUGACACCGAAAUUACACGAAUUGGUUGAUCAAGGCUUACGAGUAGAAUUAGAUGAAACCGUAUCUGUUGUUAUCUGUGAAGCUCUAGAAGCGUUCACAAAUCAAUUUGAAGAACGCUUGAAUAAGUUAAUACGCUCACCGGUUGUUGAAAUUAAAAUUAAUGAUACAGUUACACGUCUCCUUAUUGAUACUACAAUAAGCAAUGAUAUUUCCCUGACUGAAGACUAUUUCGAUUUUCCACUUCUUGGUACUCCCGCAAUCAAGAAAUUGGAAAGGGAAGCGUAUCUGAUGAAAUCACCGGACGAUAAAGUGGAAAUGAUUUAUUUGUAUGUCUCAGAAUCAGUACUAAAUAUAUUCCUGAAGCAGCUCGCAACGUUUGGAGAUACCGCGUUGCAAUUACAUGCAGAUCCAGAAUUUCAGAAGUUACUAAGCUUAAAUUGUUCUGAGGACGAAAAAUGCAUGGGCGACUUGUUACAGGAUACAGAAUUAUAUGUUCCCGAUUCAGGUCGUAUGGUCAUCAAAAUAAGCUCCCCGUUAGUUGCAUCAGUUCGAAAUGGUUUUGCAUUGAUUGAUUUGCAUCUAACAAGUUUCGUAACUUACAAAGAGGAAAGUAUGGAUGUGAAAGUAUUGGAGUUCGAAUGGCAUGCAACGAUACAUGUCAGCAAUGAAUACCUGAAUGAACAUCUUGCUGCAACGUAUAAGCCAGUGCAAAAUAUGGAUGCAUCGCUGCAAGUGGUUAGCAUAAUGAUAAGCAAUGUAACGCCUUAUGUCGAGUUAGUCUCGAAUUGUGAUGAACAUCUACUGCGAUUAAUUUCUUCAAAAAAAAGAUUCUUUGAGAAAUUAUUAACGCAACAGUGCUCACUAGCAAGAACAAAAAGUACACUAUAUAAAGCAAUAUAUUGUACAGCAACUUUCCGGAAUGGUACACUUGUGAUUGCUACUGGCUUACAGUGGAAUCCGGAAUUGUAUUAUCAGUUCGGUUUGUUUAGCUAA